AUGAAGUGGUGGUCUGUAACGAACCAUGGCGACCAGUACGCUGUCACGGGGCUAGUCUACGAGGUUUCUGCGGCGGCCAGCGUACAAGACGGGGUGACGAUCGCGUCCGCCACAGUGACCGCACUCGUCUGCCGGUCACUCAGCGACCAGGACGCAACCUUUGGCGUCGAGGAUCCGACGACCGACAAGGCGACGGACAAGCCAACCGACAAGGCAGGGGCGCGGUUGCAUCUGCCGCGGGCAAACCUGCCUCUGAACAUUGGGCGCGGACAGGGCGAUUACGGACAAGGUGAAAAAUUCUGUCAACCCACGGCGCGGGACCACCGGUUCGACCUAGCGGACCUGAGCUGGCACCCGGAUACCACUGAACGACGUCGGUCUGUCCAUAACACGACCGUCAAAGACUACUUCACCAGCGUCAUUCGCCCGGCGGAGCUCACUGUCCAACUGCCGCUAGAACUCUCCCGUCUUUGGGACGCACAACGGAACGAAGCAGAUGUCUGGCUCAUGAGACAUAUCAAAGACAAAACUGAUAUCGAUGUCGUCUAUGCCUCGGUUUCAGACGGAUCUCUCAAGGUACUAGCCGACAAGCAAUGCUUGUUAGAAUGCGCAGGCGAGUUGGCGGAUGAGGUGGAGAAGGCGGGGGCGGAGGCGUUGAGUAGCGAAAAGGCGUUGGAGCGUCGGCAGCGACGUUGGAAGAUGUUAGAGGAUCGGGGGAUGAGCGAGGCGUCAGUGGAGUUGUUGGUUCACGAGUCGGUGGUGGGUGUGGUGAUGGGUAAGCAGGGCGAGAACUUGUCGCGAGUGGCACGGAGUCAUCAUGUGGAGGUCCGGGUUUAUCCGGACGAGGACGGCGUGAGACGAGUCCGCAUUUAUGGCGGUUCGUCACAACAGGUUCGUGCAGCUGCGGACGAACUCGACUACGUAUACUGGACCCUGAGUCUCGGACACACACUACCUCGCGUGCUUCAACUCGUUCGAGACCAUAAAGGCACCUCCGGCAUCCACUCUCUCUGGCUCGAUGAAGAACGGCACGAACUCGUCAUCUGUGGCCUCUCCGCCAGCAUCGCCGCCUACGUAGCCGCCCUUCAGCAUGCACUCAAGUCUCCAGCCCUCCCCUUCCUCCCCACUCAUGGAAACUCGGCAUCCGGACUUCACGGCUCGACCACUGGGCACGACUCCGGGCUCCACGAAUCUAGAGCUCACGGGUCCGGGUCCGGGGCUCGCGCUUCGGGAUCUGGAUCCGGGGCUCACGGCUCGGCCGGGUCUGGGACCCAUGGCCCACCCGGGUCCGGGCCGCCCGCAAGCGAACGAUUCCGGCCUAGUCACCCGCCGCCGCCUCCCACCUCCGGAAGCAACAGCCACCGCGGCAAGACGCCCCUCCAGCUGCCCUACCCCGUCGCCAGUCGCAGGGCCAAGUGGCAAACGACUUUUUAG